AUGAUUGCAACUAAAGUGGCGUUUAGGAAAUUAAUAAAAUUUAAUUCAAUUAAUUCGUUUAUACCAAAAAGAACAUUUACAACGACACAAGAAGUUGUUUCUUUUUAUGAUGAUAAAGUUACUCGGUAUUCAGAACAAUCAAUUAAACCAGUUACGUUAAAAAAAUUACUUCAAUUUGGUCAACCACCAUUAAAUACAUCUAAACUUCUUGAAUCAGCACAAUAUACUAAAUCCGAACUUCCCGUUCGUCUUGCUCAAAUUACUAAAGAGGAAACUGAUAUACAAUUUGCAAAAAUGUUGGCAGAAAUAGUAUCAGCACAUACAGAUAAUAUUCCAGUACUAGCAAGAGGAUUUCAAGAGUGUAAAAAAUAUAUGUCAUUACAAGAUAUAACAGAAUUUCUUGAUGAUAUGAUUAGAGCAAGAAUUGCUAUUCGAUUAAUUGCAGAACAACAUAUAGCAUUACAUAAUAAUAAACCGGGUUCCAAUUAUAUAGGGAUUAUUGAUAUCAAUACUAAUCCAAUCAAAUUAAUUAAAUCAUGUGCAAAUUUUGUAAAAGAACUUUGUGAAAUUCAUUAUGGGACAUCACCAGAUAUAACAAUUAAUGGACAGAUAGAUAUCACAUUUACAUAUGUUAGUGUUCAUCUUGAAUAUAUUAUUUCAGAAAUACUUAAAAAUUCAUAUAGAGCAACAGUUGAAUAUAGUAGAAAAAUGAAAAGAAAAGAACAACCAAAUGUUGAAGUAACAAUAUCUAGAGGAAAUAGUAAUAAUGUUGGAAUAAGAGUUAAAGAUCAAGGAGGAGGGAUAUCACCUAAAGAUUUACCUUCAAUAUUUGAUUAUUCUUUUACAACUGUUCCACAAGAUGAAACAAUUACAGAUAACAUUUUGGCAGAUGUUUCUAGAAUUUCAAUGCAAACUGGAUUAGGUGGACCUAUUGCAGGAUUAGGUUAUGGACUUCCUUUGGCUCGAAUAUAUGCACAAUAUUUUGGUGGAUCUUUAAGUCUUAUGUCACUUUAUGGUCACGGAUGUGAUGUGUUUUUAAGACUUAAUGAUAUUAAUGAAUCAUUUGAUAAUUUACAAAUUUAA